CAAUAACCCUAAACUUCUGUAACGUCGUUGAAACCCGCCGCAAUUAUCUGUACUCUGUAGCGUUGAGGGAGACGAUUUCAAUCUAUGGCUGACGUUGAGAAUCAGCAGGAUUCCUCGAUUCCAGUGAAGCGGAAAUCGGAUCUCUGUUGCGAGCAAGACGAGGAGAAUGUGGCGAACAAGGCUCAGAAGCUUAAUCCUUCGUCGAGCUCUGCUGAUUCUGAGUCUAAAGACGGUGGAGAAGUUAAUGGAAGCAGCGUCGAGGAUCUGAAAUCGUCGAUCUCGCUUGAGAAGCAUGAAGGUGGAGAUGGAGAAGAAGAGGAAGAAGAGGAAGAAGAGGAGGAAGAGGAGGAAGAGGAGGAAGAGGAGGAAGAGGAGGAGGAGGUUGAGAGGAAAGGGAAAGGUAUAUCGAGAGAGGAUAAGGGAAAAGGAAAAAUGAUUGAAGUUGAAGAAAGUGAUGAUAGUGAUGAUAGUGAUGAUGAUGAUGAAGAUGGUGAUGAGUAUGAUGAGAGUGAUUUGUCUGAUGAUCCUUUAGCGGAGGUGGAUUUGGAUAAUAUUCUUCCGUCGAGGACGAGGAGAAGAUCGAUUCAGCCUGGAGUUUACAUUUCUAACGAACGUGGUGGAGUUAACGAGGAGGAUGAUGAUGAUAGUAGUGAUGAUAGUGAUGCUUAAACCUUUUUAGCUAUAAGGAAGGUUUAGUUGUUAAGAUUUAAGAAGUCAAGAUUUUAGUAAAAGAGAGUUUGUUUGUGUUCAAGUGAUUGUUAGUGUUUUGAACUCUUGAACGUAAGUGUGUUAUAUAUUAUAUCUAUGAUGUUAUGUGCAAUUCAGCUCGUUGUGCCUCUCUUGGGUUUUAUGAUUCUAUUUGAUUGUUGCAUAAAGUCCUUGUUUUUCUCGAUUCUGUGUGUGUAGAGUUCGUUGCUUGUAUGCUUGUGGCUUUUAAGUUAAAGAAAGCUAGUACUAGUGUUGAAGUGGU